CACUUCCUCUGCUCUUAACCUCAUGAGUAGUCUACAUUUAUGCCGCGUUUACUGUCAAUAACAGGCCCUUGUAAAUGCUGGAAAGGUGAAGUGUGGCAGAUUGAUGGCUGCCUGUGUGCUGUGUCGAUGGGUGCCCAGGCUACGCUACCUCCAAGCCUUGAGAAAGGAUUUUACCCGGGCUCAGCACCACCAUGGUAAACCAGAGGGUGAGACUGAUGAGCAGGAGGGGAAGAAGGGAACAGUUCAACACCAGGAAGCCUCUCUUCAAGGAUGCUACAGAGUGCAUUACAACCCAUCUUCAUAUCAUCAAUCUGUGCAGAGCUCUGCAACCUCCCGGAGCCAAACAGAUAAUGAUGAGGAUGAACGGUGUCUCUCCACUCUCACACCUUCCUUCUGGCAACAGAGCAAUCGCUACAGUGUGAGUUGCUCGCGGCACCUUUCCAGCACAAAUAACACACUUCUUGACUUAGCUUUCAACAAAGGCUCUGAACCCCAAAAGCCAUCCGUGUCACCCUAUCACAAACCUGUACUGCCAGACGUUAAAGUAGAUCCACGUGCCUUCCACAAAUGCCGGCCUGAGUAUGCCUCUAUGGCCUUUGACCUCACCCAGCGGCCCCAACCAAUAGAAUGGGAAGAGGCCUUCUCAGUGCUCCAAAAAGCGGCUGUUUUAAAGGGCAGCAUGAAGCCAUCUCAUGUGUCUCAGUUUCUUGUGGAGCUUAGCCGCUUGCACCCAGACCAGAUGUCAUUAGUAAGGAGCGACCAACGCUUUACCAUCCUCCUCCGAUAUUCUGUGGAAAACCUGCGCCUCUUUACUGACCUGCAGCUACUGGAAGUGAUGCAGUCGUUUGUGUGGCUGGAUAUGCCCCCUUCCCACACGGUACUCGGGUUGUAUGAGACCGAACUGAGCCACCGGGCCAAACAGAUGACUUUACACCAGUUGCUGUUAGCUGCUGAUUUGUGGCGCUGUAUUGGGAGGCAGAUCCCCCAGUUCUUGCAGCAUCUCUAUGACUUAGUCCAUCUAUAUCUGGGUCAGAUGGGGGUCCCUGAGCUAGUCCAGCUAUUGUAUAUAAUGGGAGAGGGUAGGCACUGCCCAACAAGCUUAAUCCGUCCUCUACAGCAGCUUCUAAUGCACCAUUUACAACAGUUGUACCCAGAGGAGGUUGGCGUUGUCUGCUUGGGGCUCUUUAAAUCCCAAACUUCAAUAUCUGAGAGUGUAGUUACUCAAAUUGUGGAUAAAGCACUCUCUUCUGUGAAGGAGAUGAGUGACUUUGCCAUGGUGAAUGUCCUGAAAUUCUUGCGUUUCAGUUAUCUGUAUCACAAAGCGUGGAUGGAGGCCAUGACACAGGAAGUUCCGCAGCGCGCCCCCAGGAUGGGUGUCAAGGGGCUGAUGCAUGUGGCACUGGCCUCUUCAGCGCUGCAUUAUUACAAUGAUAACAUCCUUACUGCUGUCGCUGAAAGAGUGCCCUUGCUGGUGCCACACUGUAGGAGUAAAGACUCAUGCAAACUGCUGUGGGCCUUUGGCACAUUAAGGUUUCUCCCAGCGCAGAGUCCAAGCUUCUACCCAAGCCUGACAGAAGGCCUAAGACAGAGGAAAGCUGAAUUCCAACGAUACCCAGAGCAUCUGCUCACUGGUCUCCUAGGCCUGGCCUUUGUUUCUCAGUUCCCAGAGGACCUUAUUGAAUUAGCCCUGAGCCCUGACUUUGUCAAGUUAGCACGGAAAUCAGCACAGCUGGAGCUGAAAAAAGACUUGUUCACUUUAGACGGAACUGUGGCUAUGGAGUUGCCUCAGUGGACUGGCCCGCGGCUAAGCAGUGAACUGACGGAGGAGGUCACUGAGCUGCUGUGGAAGUUUGCUCAAUCAGAUGUGUGUCAGAAACCUGAGGUUCAGGAGGCAGAAUCUGCUCUGCAAGAUCUGCUCGGAGGAGAGGAAUUUGUAUGUAAGAGAAUGAUUCUGCCCCACACUCGCUCCAUUGACCUGGAAGUACAUCUUGACUCCACUGGGGAGCCAGUACCUGUUAACCCAGCAUCCCACACAACCACAUUAUCUCCUGAGAACAGUUCCAAAUGCACUUCAAACCAGGGCUGGGGGAAAAUAAAUAUUGGAGUAACUCUAACUGAGGAACUAUUAGCACAGCUAAUAAAUACAAAAGGCGCCACAGAACCUGUAACCCCAUCUCUUACAGUUAAGUCUAGAUCUCUUCGCAGAGUGGAGCAUGAUGAAAGGAGACUGUUUGACACAGGACUUAACUUGACUAGCGACAUAAUAGAAACUCUUACCCAACUCAGUAGCACAGGUUCAGCCCGGCAGAAAGCCAAAGGCGCAGCCAAACUCGCAAUCCAGGUCUCUAGCAGGAACCACUACUGCUGCCAUUCACAGCAGUUGUUGGGCCUUCAUGCCAUGAAGAGAAGGCAGUUGAAGUUGGCAGGCUACAGGGUUGUAGAGCUUAUCCAUCAUGAGUGGUUUCACUUGCUGAGGAAAAGCAGGGCUGAGAAGCUGGCAUACCUGCACUGCAAAAUCUACGACAGUCUGCAAUGAUUCUCUGACCUCCGAGAGCCAAAAGAAGACACAGAAAACUCGGCAAACUGUGUAGGCACUUUGUCUUCAGGGCAAUAUUUAGUUUGUCAUGUGUAUGUGCAAAGCACAGAAAAAUGUCUGAUAAGUGGACAGAAUUUCUUUUAUUUCCACUUACCAUUGACUUUUUGUACAUGUUCAGUUCAGAAUGCAUUCUUAUGGAUUUUGUAAAAAAAAAAAGUGACAGUUAAGAUGUUUUGG